AUUCGAUUCGCUUGUUGAUUUUGUGGAGAUUUUUUCAGUUGACCAUGGGUGCAGUUCGAAAUCCUAAAUCGUCUCUGCUGACCUAAUAAUGAAGUGGAGAUCAUUAGAGUCUUUGUUUUUUAUUGUCUGCUUGUAAUAUGGAUUAGAGGAGUUUUAACGUAAUUUGUUAAUUCGUUGUUUCAUAUAAGGUUUUGGUGAGUGAUCGUUCUUUGGAUUUUUUUUUGGCGUUAAACGAUUUGAAUUAGUCGGGAACUCUCAGCCGGCAUAGCAUGUGAACUAUAAUUUUAUAUGGGGUGGGUCUUUGAUUGAAUUGCUGCAAUUGGGUUUUGUUAGGUUUCUUUGCUAGAGGAUUUUGGAUAAAUAGGGACUUGCAAUGUGAGUAAUCAUGUGUUCUGUUGCAAUGUGAGUAAUCAGGGUUUUGUUAGCGUUUAUUCUAUUUGAUGAUCUAUGAAUUGGACUCAAGAAACCACUCUUAUGUUUGACUCUUACUUCGUAAUUAUUGGGAGCAUGUGAAUCCCUGUGGAGCUCUACCGUUGUUAACAUCUUUUGGUGUUUCUCCUGAUACUAUACAUGAUUAGAGAUUGGAUAAAGACAUUCUGUUUACAAGUGCCACUCUUUCUUUUGGCUUCUGGUACUUGAGGCAUCAUUCGGAAGUUGACGCAGACAGAUUUAAUUGUCUCCUCCAACUCUGACACACAUCUUCAUUCAGAGACUAUCAUUGCUCAUGUUGGAGAUUAAGACAUUGGAGCAUCAUCUCCUGAUCAUGUCAUAGAACCGCUGCCUGGUUUGUUGCAGUCUGGUGCAGAAUUCCCAUUGCUCGAACAAGGAAAAAGGAGAUGGGCCAACUUUUAAAUCCACUUCAAGGAUCUACUUUCAUUAUUAAAGCAUUUGCUCAAGAUCCACCCAAGUUAUAUCGUAAAAAUUUGUCUCCACACUUCUCCAAGUAUGACAGAUAUCGUGCUGUCUUAAUGUCAACACUAGCACGAAGGUGGGGGGUAGUCUAUUGUAAGAACUUUGUGAACUUGGAGGACCAUGCUCCCGGUUGGUGGAAUUUAGAGGCUCUUCCACAUGUACAAACUCUUGGAGAGUUUCCUAGGGAAGAACUUCCCGGAAAAGUUGUCAUGGUCAGGUUUGAUUCGACCUUACUGUUACUGGAAGAAAUGGACUUAAGAAUUAACUCGGUGAAGAAUGCAGUCUUCACUAUCAAAUACUUACACAAAUCUGCAGCAAAAGUGAUACUUGCUAGCAACUGGAAUACAAACUCUACUCCAAGACAUCCUGAUAUAAAGUCUGUCGCUGAUUAUUUGUCCUCUGUUCUUCAACUCAAAGUUCUCCCAGUAAAGUGCAGUUCGUUUAGUAUGAUGUCAACUGAAGAAUGCUUCGAGAAAGCUGAUAUUCUUAUUCUCAAGAAUCUUUCUGUGUUCAAAGAAGAAGUUGCUAAUUGCUCAAAAUUUUCCAAGAUGCUAUCUUUAGGUGUUGAUAUUUUUGUUAAUGACUCCUUCUCCCAAUCUCAUAGAAUUCUUGCAUCCACGGUUGGUAUUUCUCGUUUCUGCAGUACUUGCCUUGCUGGUUUUAACUUUCAAGAAGGGUUAGGUCUGCUGAGGAAGGCUGCUGAAACCAAGAGGCAACCUUACGUUGCAAUUAUUGGAGGAGGCAACCUUUUAGACAAAUCGGCUGCCUUGCACCUUUUAGCUUCAACAUGCUCUGCGUUGGUCUUUGUUGGAUUGAUGUCAAUUCAGAUAAUGCAAGCCUUGGGGCUGUCUGUUUCUUCGCGACUGGUGAAUCAUGGUGUAUGUAAGGAAGCUGCAGACAUAAUACAGUUUUCACUUGAUAAAAACGUACAAAUUGUAUACCCAAAGGACUUCUGGUGUAAGAAUGUAGACGCUUCAAAGAAAAUGGAAUUAUUUGCUUCUAAUGAUAUUCCAGAUGGUUGGCUACCAGUCGAUCUUGGUCCUACGUCAUUGGAUGAAAUAAACGCCCUGCUUAUGAAUAGCAAGAAGAUUAUAUGGAUUGGACCAGUGAAAUUCAGUGAUUCAAGCCAAAGCACCUGUGGAACUUCUAAAUUAGCAAGAAAACUAUAUGAUCUAACCCAAAGGGGUUGUGAUGUAACUGUUGUUGGAACCACAGCAUGCAAAGCAAUGAUGCAGGAAUCAAGUACUCUAUCUGCUUAUAAUGUCUUUGAGAAUGCUUCAGUCGUGUGGGAUUUCUUUAAAGGGAAACCACUUCCGGGGGUUUUGGCCUUGGAUAGAGCAUACCCAUACAAGAUUGACUGGGAUGCAGUCUUUUGUGAUACAGCUCUGCCUUUGGUGGUUGACAUUGGAAGUGGUAAUGGGAUGUUUCUGCUGGAAAUGGCUACAAGGAGGAAGGAUCUCAAUUUUCUUGGUUUAGAGAUUAACGAAAAGCUUGUGAAACGUUGUCUGCAUUCUGUUUAUCAAUUGGAGAUGAAGAAUGGGCACUUUAUUGCGACAAAUGCAACAUCAACAUUUCGUUCUAUUGUGUCUAGUUAUCCAGGAGAGUUGGUGCUUGUCUCUAUACAGUGUCCCAACCCCGAUUUCAAUAAACCAGAGCACAGAUGGAGAAUGCUGCAAAGGUCAUUAGUAGAGGCAGUGGCAGACUUGCUUGCAUCUAAUGGGAAGGUAUUUCUUCAAUCUGAUGUUGAAGUGGUUGCUUUGAGAAUGAAGGAAGCUUUCUUACUAUAUGGAAAAGGAAAACUAGCUAUUUUGCAAGAACAAGUUGGGGAAGAAUGGCUAAGUGAGAACCCAUUUGGAGUAAGAUCAGAUUGGGAACGACACGUAUUAGAUCGUGGGGAUCCUAUGUUCAGGUUAAUGCUUUCAAAAUCAACAACAACCAAUUCUUUCAACUGACCAUAUAAUAGUACAACAUAACAUGGUCUCCUAGUUCAUGAACUUUCAACCUCGUGUUUUACCUAAUCGACAAAGGCAGUUAUCAUCAAUCAAGUUUAUGAUGUAGAAGCUAAUUUGUCAAAUAAACCAAUGCGAUAAUCCACGUUGCCUGAUUCUAAAAAGCUCGAGUCGAGAUUGCAGUGUAGUAGACGUCGGAGUGAAAGCCUCACCCUUUGUGCUUUUUUAGAUUAUCUUAAUAAUCAAUAUCUUCAACCUUGAUUCUCUUGUUAAUUCCAUUCAUUGUUCACUAAUCUGUAUUUUCCAACCUAGAUUCUCUUCUCAUUUCCAUUCAAUGUUCACUAAAGUGGUCAGUUUUUAAGCAUCCACUUUUGUACUGAUAAAUUCAAUGAGCUGCUGCAGCCUGCCAUUGUUGCAAGCUAACCAACAAUUAGGAAUAUGGCAACCUUUUAUUUUUAUCUCUGAUAUCUGUAUACAAAUUGGUUCUCAAAAUAAAA